AUGUUGGAUGAAUCUAUAACAAGCUUUUUUAACCGCUACCAUCGCUACCCAUCAAGACAGGAACGGGUGGUCACUCCGGCUUUCAAUCUGGAUUACACGCCCUUGCCGAAGCACGAAGAGGAAUCUGCGGAUAUAACGAUUUGGCUGCCCGAAUUUAAGAGAGAAUGGCGAGUCCACAGAGACGUAAUCACCGGCCAAAGCAACUUCUUUCGAAUGGCCUUGGCCGUCCCAUUAUUAGAGAGCAGGACCAAAGAAAUCGAGCUCUACGAAAUUGACGCUACCAUAAUGAACUUCAUUGUAGUAUUCAUGUACGAAGACUGGUCCUCCGCAGCUACAUCAGCCUUUGGACUAGAAGGCGGCGGCGACGUGCCGCCUCCGAUAAUCGCGGAGAUCCUCAUCGCCGCCGAUUUCCUCGACAUACCCCGGCUGUGCUACGCGGCGUACCACAUGAUGCUGUCCGGGAUAGUCAGCCUGGUGAUGCGGACCAAGGCGGAGACGACACGCUCGCGCGUCUUCGACCUCGCGAAACAGGCUUUCUGCAUCGCGGCAAUUACCUUGGAGAUAAGCGGAACGAAGGUCGGCCUCGACUUGGCGGAGGCCAUACAGAAAUUCUUGGAGAAGACGAGAAGGGCGCAGGACUUGGACCGCGCGGCCGAGGCUUUCGUGGAAGCCUUCCCGAAUGAUCGCGCCAUUAUCGACUUGGAGCUUCAGUGGUAG